AGAGAGUAAGAGAGAGAGAGAGAGAGAGAGAGAGAGAGAGAGCUCUUUAAAUCCACCUGUUAGCCGGCAUGCAUUCUUGCGCCUUCUGUUUGAGGAGGUGAACUGAUCGCCAGGACCGUGUGUUAGUGCAUUAACUCAAAUUUCUGCAUUUCCAAAGUCGUCACCGCACACAGUCUCCAUCUUUAAUGGACUAUCACUGCCGACGACACCAUACGGGACGAUGUUAAUGCAUCAUUUGCUUAACCGUCCACAAAUGGCUUGAUCUCGCAGGGACUUCGCAACAGAGCUGCAACUCGCGCAAAAUCGACACAACACUGGACUUUUUUUUAUUUUUAUUUUUUAUUAUUGAUUCGUGAAGAUGGCAAAGCGACUGCACUGAACUAGAGCCGAGGUUUGCAACACAUUUGUUGCAAAUAUUUUGAUGAAGAACACGAUGCUCUCCCUCUCGCGUGCCCCGUAACUGCUUCCAUUCAUUCAUUCAGUCCAGUUUGGCUCAAGCACCGUCUUCUCUCCUGGAGAUUUUCCUUCCAGUUUCCUCUCAAUUAUGUUCACUUUCGCUGCCUUUUGCUAUAUGCUUUCCCUUGUCCUCUGUGCUUCUCUCAUCUUCUUCGCGAUCUGGCAUAUAACAGCCUUUGAUGAGCUUCAGGCAGACUUCAAGGUGCCAAUCGAUCAGGGCAAUCCACUUCACGCUCGUGAAAGACUGCGAAAUAUUGAGAGGAUCUGCUGUCUGCUGAGAAAGUUGGUGCUUCCAGAGUACUCUAUCCAUGGGCUCUUCUGUAUCAUGUUCCUGUGUGCCCAGGAGUGGCUUACUGUAGGCCUGAAUAUCCCUCUGCUCUUCUACAACACUUGGAGGUACUUUCACAGCCCCACAGACACUAAGGAGCUUCUCUACGAUCCAGCGUCAGUCAUGAAUGGCGACACACUUAAAUUCUGCCAAAAAGAAGCCUGGUGCAAGAUGUCCUUCUUCGUCCUUUCAUUCUUCUAUUAUCUCUACUGUAUGAUCUACUCCUUGGUGACCUCAUAACAGAGUUCUCAACACUGCUCAUAAGACACUGUUUUCCAAAUGCUCUAAACUAGAUCUGGAUGAAACAAGAGCACCGCUAGACACAAGUUCAACAUACUGCAGUGUCUGAACCUACAGAGAAGACUUGACCCCAUCUUCCCAGAGAAUCAGAAGAAACCAGUGUCGUUUACAGAUCUGACUCAACGCCCUAGAUGUCUCAUGGACCUGGUGCGACGCGCUUUUCACAAGCUCACAGUAACAUUUGCACAGAUUCUCUCAGGCAUAGCACAACAUGUCCUUUACCACUUUGAGGCACAAAACCUGCCAACCUUUACACUCACUAUAUGUAGCUUAAAAUUCUUGUUAGGUUAAAACAAAUGAAAAGAAACUAUGGCUAACUUGAUCAGAGAAUGUUUCAUUUUUACCAGUCACACACUAGGCCACUGAGUCUGAUUACGUGUGAAAAGCUUUUGUGAUAUAUUUUAUGUGUAUCUGUGCACUCCUAAAAUAAGCAUUUUUAAUAUGAAAUGCCUAUCUGUUGAAUUACUUGUGUACAUAGAGAACUUUGUGUAAUGCUUUUAUGUGUUGGUGUCAGUUGGUUGAGAUGUUUUGGACUUUAUAUUUACAUAAAUAUGCUGAUAUCGAGGCUUUAUUAUAGAAAACAAGAGCCACUUUUCCACAAUUUUGCACAAAGUUGUUAUGAGUUUGCACUGUAGAUACAGUUAUUGGUUGUGGUGGGAAAAAAGUCAUAUUUAUAUACCCAGUACGAGUCUUCCAAUAUAUUACAGUGCAUCAAACUUGAUUUUCAUUUUAGGGAAGAAAUUAAAACCACAGCUCAUCAUCUACGAAUUAUCACCUUCUCAUUUUGUAUUAUUGUUAUUAUAUUAACUGUAUUACUGUUAUACGACAAGGUCAGCAAUACUGAAAUAAGAUAUUUAAGGAAUCAUCAAAAGAGUUUUCUCUCUUUUCAUCAAAAGAGUUUUCUCUUACUCUAUCAUCUAUCCAAUUCAUUUUUUCUUCUUAAAAAAAAUCUCCAAACACAGUUCAUAAAUGUUUCUGACUACUACUUUCUACAGCUGUUACUCUAACAAUGUUGUUGGAUCAGUCAGGUUUUAACUGUCCGGAGUAACUACAUGAUGCGUAAACCCCUUAAGACUACGUGAUGCUUUGGAUGAGCACUAUAUAUAAUGAAAAUAGCAGUAGACACACUAAAUCAUUUUCAUUGCCGUGUAGGGGACAAUAAUACCAGUCCCCAGCAGUACUAUAUUCUGCUGCUGUCAUGUAGCCUGCUGUCUUUUGUAUGCCUUAUGUAGGUACACAUAUGAUGACCAAACAUUUUCUAUAUCCUUAUUGUGUACGUGUUCACCCAUCCAAAUAUCAGUAAAGAAAUUUGUAUAUGAAAUAAAACAGACUAUUUUAAACUGUUAAAGGUGCUUUCUUAUGCAUGCAUCACAUGUAUGCUUUAAUACCACUGGAGGCAUUGUUUAUUUUUUCACUCCAUAAUCAUUAGUUUCAUCGGUCAUGUGGUUCAUGAUCCAUACAGUAUGUGGUUAUUUCAGUCAAUUACCCACAGAGCAUUUCUCACAUCUCCUCAUUUGAAUCCUCACCCCAGAGUGACUCUUUGAAAAACAUUCACCUCAGACUGAUCCAUGCCCCCAUCUCUCACAUGUCUCCUCUUCAGGGAGCAUUGCCUCCCACUCGUAAAUCGACUAUUAUCUGCGUUUUCCGGAGCCAAGCCCUGUGUGGCAGUGACUGGCCGACAGAUCGGUGACAGGCUGUCCCUCCUGCUCCACCUGCUAUCUGACCAAAUCACUGCCACAUGCUCCGUAAUUACAGUUUGUAAAGGAUGCAGCUCCCUUUGCCAACAAUCUAACACUUUGCCACUUAUAGCCGUGAAAUGAACGUCAUCAGAUGUCUGCAGGUCUUGGCGCUCAAAGAGCUUUCUGCCACCCUUUCGACUCCCAUCUCUGACCCUGGUCAGCAUGUUGUGGCAUCAGAUAAGUGAUGAUUUUUGGCUCCGGCUUCAAAGAGACUCGUGGGACUUGAAAAUCUGAGAUGUAUAAUUCAAACUACAGUAAAGGGUAUUUUCUGUUAUGAAAACAAUUGUUUUCAUGAAGUAACACCAUUUAUCUUUGCUCUUAAGAGUUUUGUGUGUUCCUCUCUUAGAAAAUAUCCCUGCCCUCUAGCCAAGAGCUUUGCACAUUAUAUGCUUUGACGAUUGUGGUUGUUCCCCACACAGUGCUGGAUGGGCAGCCUGUCAGUUUGCCGGGUUUUCUCAGAUGUCCAGCCUGUCAGCACAGAUUACCCAGAAGGCCAGUUGAGAAUGGAUUUCACCUGACUUGUCUUUCUAGGAUUGGAUGACUUUUUCACCUUGCUUCCUGGCCACUCAAACAAGCAGAUUCAUAUUGGAGUAGUCUGGCUUGAAUAUGUUUUUUUCAAAACUUUGUACAAUCUACUUUUGCUGGCACAUCUAGUUAGCAUUCUGGCAACAAAUCUUAAAACCUAAUAGUUACCCAAGAGAAGAACAGUCGCCAAGGUGCUGGUGUUUUUAAUCUGGCAGCUAUUCACAAAGAUUUUGUUCUUGACUUACUAAUACAUCCUCUUAGGUACCAGAUAAUCCUUAAAAACAGGAUAAAGAAUCCAAUAAAGCUUAUUGCUGUCCCAUGUUCUAUAUAAAAAUAGCAAGUAACAUCUGUAAACUUUAAUAAUCUGCUUACUGCUUUUUUAAUGCUCUUUUCAAACUAUUUCGUUUCGUACGGAAGUCC